UGCAUAGGCUUGUCGCUCCCUUGUGGAAGGAUUUUGCGCUAUUAUGGUGACUUGUGUGGUGUUCGGAUGUACGAAUCGUUUUGAUUGUGAUGCGAAAUCGAAGGGAAUAACAUUUCAUGUAUUUCCUAAAAAUGAAAGUCGGAAAGCUCUGUGGGAGAAUGCCGUGAGGAGGAAGAAUUGGCGUGCAUCUAAAUGGAGCACUAUAUGUUCUGAGCAUUUUCGAGAAGAGGACAUAGACCGAACUUCCCUUUCAACAGUAAUGCUGCGUGAAAAUGCUGUACCAUCAGUUUUCCCUACACACCCAAAACAUUUGCAAAAGGGAGACAAGAAGAGAAAGCCAUCAUUGCAGAAGGAGAGCUCUUCCUUUCCAUCUUCAGUUUUGGCUGCCGUCAGCAGAGUGCAGGAUGAAGUAGUUCCUGCUCUUGUUCCUGAGUACACUGCAGGACCACCAGAACGUAGUCAGACAUCCUCUGAAAGUGAUGAACUGAAGACGAAGUGUGAACACCUCAUAAGAAAAACUGAUCAGUACAAAAAACAAAUUAACUCUUCAGCUGUCUAAGCGAUGACUUAAGAAGACAGUGGCUUCUUUGAGUGCUGUCAUUAAGGUACUGAAAGACA